GGUGGGAAAUAUUCGCGAAAAACUGCGCGAACCGCGAGAUCCACUCGUUUAAUCACUCACUGCUGAAUCAAUCAUUCGAACACCAAAAAAAUUCGGAGUCUUUGACUCAGAAAAUCGGAAAAUUCUCUAGCCCUUCUCGAGUUGUUGACGAUUAAAAAUUGUGUGCACCAGGACACGCGUCGGAAAAUCGUCGGCGUUAACGUACGCUACGAGAAAUCCGAGUGUCUCUUUGUUUGCAAUCAUUUGGAGUUGUUACGCACUGAUAAUGAUAGGAAUUUGAAUUAUUCGUGAUAUUGACGGAAAAAUUCUUUCACGUUCGACAGAAUUACUGUGUGACGUUGAAUUAAAUGUGACACUUCUAUUGCUGACUGACGAGGGUUGACGACGGGUUGGAGACUAAACGCGUCACCCGGGAAAUUCCAAUUUCUUUGAUCGCCACACCAGAAGAGCCUUCAGUAUUCGGUCCACCGACCGGAAGCUGCCCCAUGAACCUUGAGGAAACCCAAAUUUAUCAACUCCAUCUCAUCUUUCCCGUAUUUUUCCAUCGAAAGAGAAAUUAAACAAAAAAUUCCAUCCCUCAACCAUCGAAUUACGACACCAAUCAAUUCCCAAUUAAAAUCCAAAAACCGCCAGCCAAAUUUUCGAUAAUCCAAUCGAAUCCAGAAACAUGUACCGCUGAAAAAUCUAGAGUAAAACGCGAAUAAAAAAAUAAUAGACAAGUGAUUUAAUCGCGCAAUUUCUUCUGAAGAAACCUCUGAAUUAAUCUGAAGGACUUCUGAUUCUCCAGUCCACCAGAUGGGUGAUUUCCUGAGGAAAACGAAAUCCCAUUGAAUGUCUUUGAUCCUCAAAAACAGCAACUGCUCCCAAAAAAAAAAAAAAAAAAAUGCCAGUGCACACGCACUGGCGUCGAGAGAACCCCAAAGACGUCAGAGACGGUAACGAGUGAUUGAACGUCACCGAUAAGUUGUCCGCGUGCGUACGUGUUGCUUACGAGAAUGUCGGGUUGUUCACAAACCCGCGACGACAUGAACCUCAGUUGAGAUCCUCCCUCUGUUCUGCUUCCGUGUUCCAGAUCCAUCGACACCCAGAAUGACUUAAACAUCAUCUUCCGAGAAUUAAAGAGUCCAAGAUGAUAAUGAUAACUGCAAUAAAGAAGAUGUCAACACCAGGUAACAACGGCUGACAAUUUCACCAACCCAAGACCCCGGUAACCAUGUGAUUAUGACAAUCCUCGUGUUAACAAACUUGAUAAUUCACGUGUCUCUAUCAUUCACCGGGAAGAAGAGUGAAGUAUUAAUGAUCCACUGGGACAAGGAGACAGGGUGAUGUAAUUAUCUCAUGGUUAAUUUCUGCAAUUGCUGAACUCGUGUGAAACAUCCAAAUAAAUAAUAAAUAAUAAAAAAGUGUCAGUGAAUAAAACGACAAUACCGAUUCCACCCGUCAUGUUUUUUAUCAAUUAUUCACUCAAUGAUGCUGUUUUUAAAAGUGUUGAGACUUAUGUAAAAGUUAUUGACGAUUUGUCCAGCUUUAGUCAGUUGGGAUAAGUGAAUUGGUGGAGGAUUAUUCAAUAGUAUUGGAGAUUAUCGGGAAUUGAUAAAUCAGUGAGGGGUGAUCAGUGAGAAUGAGUGGACGGACAUGCCGUCUGACCUGGUGAAUAAACCAGGCGAACAGUACGUCAUUGACGGUGGAUCUAAACCGGGAGAGUAUUGCUAUCUCCCACGGGAACAAUGAGCUCCAUAGACUUUGACGAGGUGCUGGUACACGUGGGUGAGAAGGGAAGAUAUCAGAAUAUCAUGUAUUAUCUUCUGUGCAUACCAGCAACUCUUCCAGCGGCAUUUCUCGCUUUCUCACAGGUAUUCGUUAGCGCCUCGCCUGAGCACUGGUGCAGGAUACCAGAGCUGGAGAACAUGACGAAUAUCCUGAGUCUUCAAUCGAGAAAAGAGCUGUCUCUACCCUACGAGUACAAGUCUGAUGGUAGACGUCAGUUCUCCAGGUGCUACAUGUACGACGUCAACUACACAGCUAUCAUCGAGGAUUGGCUGAGGCACACUGGGGUUAAUGCCACGGGUUCAUUAACUAGCUUACCAGCACCACCAGUGAGCGACACUGACUGGCCAAAAACCAAGUGUCUUCAUGGAUGGAUUUACGAUAAGAGAGAUUACGAGAGUACACUAGUUACAGAGCUAGACCUCGUAUGUGACAACAGUUGGUUACCAUCCACAUCGACAACAUUUUUCUACGUAGGAAGUCUAUUCGGUAAUAUUAUUUUUGGAUGGAUUGCUGAUAAAUGGGGAAGACGAACGGCAUUUUUCUCGAUUCUCUUCCUGGAGGUGAUAUUCGCGAUUGCAACGAGCUUCAGUCCGAAUUACACUGUUUACACAGCCCUCAGGACCAUCAAUGGCCUAUUUUUCCCCGCCAUUUAUCAGAUUCCAUUCAUAUUAGCCCUUGAAUUGAUGGGCCCCAGGUACAGGACAUUCGCUGGAAUGGGAAUCAGCAUGUUUUUCGCCACCGCAAUGUGUCUACUUGCGCUACUAGGAUAUUUGCUGAGGAAUUGGUACACCCUGUCCUUGGCAACAUCCGUACCCUUUAUCCUGCUCUUCAGCUACUGGUGGAUCAUCCCCGAGAGUCCCAGAUGGUUGUUAAGUAAAAAUAGGAUAGACGAGGCUGAAGUUAUCGUGCAGCACAUGGCUAGAGUGAAUGGCAAGACCGUGCCAACGAAUUUUCUGAGGAAAAUGGAGAUGGAGAUUAUGAAGAGACAGGGUGUCUCCUGCAAUGGCAGAAACUCUGAAAAUCUUCUGGCAACUGGAGAAUCAGAGGACAGACCACCACCACCAUCAGCAACUCCAAUGGACAUUAUAACAAAUCCAAAUAUUCGUAAAAAAUUCAUCAUCCUAGCGUUUGACUGGGUGGCAAAUGCCGUUGUGUACAAUGGACUGUCCUACAACACAACGAACCUCGGUGUAUCCGAUUACCUUGCCUUCUUCAUAGGAGGCAUCGUGGAGAUACCGUCCUACGUCAUCACCUGGUACGCCAUGGACAGAUUGGGCAGGAGAUGGGUCCUGUGUUUGACGAUGCUGCUGGGUGGUGUUGCUUGUGUGUCCUGUAUGUUUGUACCUGAAGAUGCUGUUUGGGUAACUGUUUCCCUGGCAAUGAUCGGUAAAUUUGGUAUAGCCGCAUCGUUUGCUGUUUUUUACGUUUUCGUUGGUGAGUUAUUGCCAACGGUGUUGAGGUCCCAGGCCAUGGGAAUCGCCUCGUUCAUCGCCGGAAUCGGCCUACUGACAUUCCCAUACAUCGUCAACCUAGCUGUUUACUCCAGAGUAUUACCACUGAUUGUGAUGGGUACACUCAGUGUUGCUGGUGCAUUAACGUCUAUUUUUUUACCAGAGACCCUCAACAUACAUCUGCCACAGACUAUCGAAGAGGGAGAGAUGUUUGGGGCUGAUUUCAAGCUCUGGUCUUGUCCCACUCUUCCAGAACGCACAAAGACAAAAACCCGAAGACGAGAGUCGUUACCCCUGCGAUAUCUCGUGAACGGACGCCCUGGAAGUCGAACAGCAUUCAGUGGAAAAGCGGCACUGGCCGAGUCAGGAACCCCUGAGAACAUGGAGCAAAUGGGCCGACUAUUGCCCACCCCCAACGAAGAAGUGACAGACAACUUAAAUGUCACUAAAAACACUGACGAAAUCCCCGGUAAGACCGAGGGACAAAAGAGAAUCCACAGCGCCGAAGUAUUCGUUGAUCUGCGCGGGAGAAAAUGAUCCCCAGGAUAUCCGAAUAAAAUCAACGCCAGCAAAAUGAUUUUAACUGAGAAAUAUAAUGACUUUGUAUUAUAAUAUCAGUAUAGGAACGCAUUGUAUUUAUUUUUUUCCAUUCAUUAUAAUGUACUUCCUUUCUAAAGUCUGUCUGUGUCAUCCAGUUA